AUCGCGUUGUCCACUUCCGAUACUUGGUAUCAUUGAGUGAAACAACACCUGGAUUACUCCUACCUGAUCCUUCUGUCAACGUGGUCACGAUAUGACUCGAUCCGAGGAAAACUCAACGUUUGGCUGUAGCAGUUGUCAGCACCAGCAUUGUCACAGUCACUGUCAGCGUGUACAGCCACAGCAACAACAACAGCAACAACAACAACAGCAACAACAGCAACAACAACAACAACAACAACAACAACAGAUAGAACGGUGUCCCACUGACAGCUCCAGCGUCACGAUGCUGAAAUACUGGAAGCAGCAACAGCAGCAGCAGCAGCAGCAACAACGUCAUCACACUGACGACUAUCCCGGCAACACCCUCCUUUUCCUUCAUCGUCCCCGUCAUCACCAUUACCACCACCAUCAUCAUCACUACAGCAACGACACCAACAGCACCCACAAACAACAACAACAACAAUCUCUUCCUCACCGCCAUCAACACUCGCAGCAGUUACCUUCCAACGCACUCACCCAGAGACAGAAUCAACACGAGCAACAGAUCCUCCUUUGUUCUUCGUCAUUGUCGCAACAGCAGCAGCAGCAACAACAGCAACAAGAAGAUCAACAACAGCAACAGCAGCAGCAGCAGCAGCAGCAAUACCAAGGGAAAAGAAGAAGUGGCCUGUCAUUUCUGCCUUCAGGGAUGGGCAGACUGGUUCCUGGGGUGUUCCUGGCCUGCCUUACCCUUGUGGUGAGUACAACCUACAGAUCCGUGACGUGCGUGUGGAGGACGAGGACGUGUACCAGUGUACUGUCAUGGCGUCUGACGACUUUCCAGUGGGCAUGAGAAGUAGGAAGUCCUUCGUCACUGUUGUCGUUCCUCCUGAGCGACCCACCAUCAUCAAUGCCCCUAUAGUGCCAGUGGUGCUGCACACACCCACCAACAUCACAUGUCGGGCUGAUAAAGGCAAACCAGUAGCAGAGAUCACCUGGUACCUGGAUGGCCAGCGACUGUCCCGUGCCACCACCUACUCGCUGCCUCGUGGGGACUUCUACGAUGCCGUGGGAGUGCUCACCUUCAACGCCACGCAGGCAGACGCGGCCAAGAGGAUAGAGUGUCAGGCCUCAACCGAGCUGAUGGCUCGACCCUUCCGCACGUUUGCUACUCUAGACGUACAAUAUGCCCCUGACCUUGAGAUGACCUACAAUGUGACAACGCGAAACAUCCGGGAGCACGACUUUGUCCGCUUCCAAUGUGUGGGGCGCGCCAACCCAUCCAAUGUCAGAUGGAGGUGGUUCCGGAAUGAUGUCCUGAUUCCAAACGCCAACUCGAACACGUACCAUGUACACGCCAUCACCCCAGACUACAACAACGACAAGAUCACCUGUGAGGGAACAAAUAAUGUGGGGAGUACUCGCAAAGAUGAGGUCCUCAAUGUGGAAUAUGGUGCCCGCAUCCUUGAGAUCACCGCUGUAGUGGGAGCUGACGUUGGACUCUCAGCUGAGCUGAAAUGUGAGACGGACGGUAACCCGAGCCCAAAUGUGAUUUGGCGUCGUAAAGAUCGCUCAACGUACGCCCACCGGACACUAUCCACCAACAAAGUGUACCAUAUUGACCGUGUAAACGACCAGAGUUUUGGCUGGUAUGUCUGCACGGCUACAGUUAUUGGGUUUCCAGACACAAGCCAGGAGGCUUUGCUGUUGAGAAAUGGAAAACCCAAAAUGGGAAGUAAGAAGGAACAGCUGGCCACAAGUGGAGAGGCAGGGUUCAUUGAAUGCAUGACCAAAUCAAUCCCCAAACCUUCUGAGAUCGUCUGGUCACGGCACGGUCAAGCCAUCGACUACGCCAUGUCUGGUCGCUUCUCCCAGAAGGAUCAUCAGCUGCCAUAUGGGGUGAAGAGUAUCUUACACAUCACUAGCGUGCAGGAUGGAGACUUUGGUACCUACAACUGCACGGUCACCAACGCCUACGGCUUUGGUUUUGACUCUAUUGAGCUCAAGGAGAAACAUGUGUUCCCAACCAUCUACGUCAUCAUCGGUACUAUUGGCGCCGUGGUCGUAAUUUCAGUUGCUGUCCUCAUCUGUUUCCUCUACCGGAGGUACAAAAAGGAGGAUCAGGGGAGCGUCUUAGCCACUACCGCCGCAGGUUCUUACACAGAUACGGAUAGUUCUUCAGACAAAAAACGAGAAAAGGCAGAUUCCCCGAAUACAUUAAUGGGACAGCUACGGCAGGACUACAACAAAGAUGUCUACCGUUUCUCCGCGGACUAUGACGAUAUGCCAUAUAAGUACUUACAGGAGCAGCAGUCCAAGGGGAACAACAACGGCUAUGGCUUCAUCGAACCGUACGAGCCCGAGUAUGCGUCAGACCACCAGAUCUUUGAUGGCGAGUACGUGCAUAGAGGGGAGGACCUGGUUCCUGACAGAUACGAUCCUGCCUACCACAGUGGAACAGGCUACAGCCUUAGCAGUUUUAGGGGGAACAACUUUGACAAUUCUACGCCGCCUCCCACGAUGACAAGGUUAACUCCCAUACAUAUGAGCAAUUCUAAACUUGCCACCGACGUAUAGGGGUUCAGUCACAAAACUCAUGUUUGUUUUGCUUCUUUGUUUUGUUCUUUUCAAUUUGUUGCUCUUGGGCACUGAUGGGAGGAGAGCUUGAAGAUUCACAAGUUAGUCGGGAGAUUCAGAUUCAAGUUCGUGGGUUCUGACACUGAGCCCUUUUAUGACGUCGUACCAAGAAAGUGUCAUAUUCGCAGCAAGUCAGCUUCUAUGCCAGAUCCAGUGACAUGGUUACAAUGAUCCCCGGAGAUUCUGUGCUCAGUUUUCACCCCACGGGAUGAUUAUGGGGUGGAGAGAUUUUCUGGCAUGAUGAGUAUCAAGCGGAACGUGUCCUAGUGACUGCUUCCAGAGGCAGCCGUGUCUAUCCUUCCAUUAUGUAUUAUGUAGGUUACAGCCACUAAACCUGCACCCUGAGGGAAAGGAAUUCAUGUCUCAUGUCUUAGUGUCAUGACCAACUCAGUUGCUGGCUUUGGUUUGCAUGUACUGGUUUCCUCACAGUGUCUGUAACAUGAGCUGCCAUAACAUGGAUGGACAAAACAGGUCUGUCGAUCAACAGGUGGGGACUCUUGGCAACAAUUCGUUUAAAAAAGAACAGUAGAGGAACAGUUCAGCUGGAAAACAGCUUUCAAGGAGAAAAAGCGUUUUCCUUGUCCUCCUCCUCUUCCAACAAGUUGAAACGAUUCACUAACCAAACUGUGGACAGUUUUGCUUUUGAUGAGCAAAAUUCGAAUUGGACUUUUUUAUUCUACAGUUUUCCAAGAUCACGAAGUGUGAGUGAUUUUUGCAAGAAUAGCUUCAAUUUUCUUGUCACUGCCACUCACAUAUAAGUGUGCAGACCCCCUGUGAGGUGACUGCCAGUGUUCAUUACACUGAAACAUCAGCACUGUAUUCAGGUAUCAGGAUGUUGCCACUUUGUAGAAAUGGAAAAGUUUGCAUUAUUCUUCUUCAGACAGACAGCUGUUGACAGUUCUAAGUGCAGCAUUCUGAGAAACUCCACCUGGCCACAAAAUUCUCACUCAUAAUACAAGGUAGAAACAACAGCUGCAGCAUAGUACUGUAGGUUUAUUGUGAGAAGGCAAAAAAAAAAAAAAGAGAAAGUUGUCACACGCAUCUGUUUUCAGGCCAUGUCUUCUCUUUGAAAAAAUGAAAACAUGGAGGAAUGAUGUGAUUCUCAGAUGACACAAAUGUGUUAAGUGUCUCAGGAGGUCUCUGCCUUGGCUAGAACUACAGGAUAUUUUCAUGGUUUGUGAUCAGCACAGGCUGAGGGUGUCAUCACUGCCCACAGAGAACAAGUAGCUUGAAAGUGUUGUUUUUUGGGGGUUUGUGAUGAGCGCAAUUAGCUUGAAACAAUUAAGUGCACUUCACAGACAACUCACAAGAAGGUAUCUGUGAGACACACAGGCAUAUGUGGAAUGGAAUGAGGGAUUUAUGGAUUGCAGAACCCAAGUGCAUGGUAUGAUUCAUAAACAACUGUACAUCAUAGACAGCAUGGAAAAGGGAGGCUUCCUGAUUAUCCUUCUUUUCUCACUGUUUUCACUGACAGUGCAUCAAGGUUUACCAUAGUCUGAAUAUGCUGCUAAUAAAGUCUCUUGUCCGGAGAGAACUUUAGGCAGUCUGUAGAAAUGCAACUAUUUUCAGAAGGAUUCAGAACUUACCUGUGCCUGGAAAAAGAAGUGAGGUCAACUGUGGAAUGAAAGAGUGAUAUUUACUGGCACGAUGCUGUUUAGCAUAAGCUGUGUGUACAGUUCGACUGAGAACAGUUUUUCCUAUACGUUACUAAGGAAUAUUCCAAACAGAACUAUUUGGAAAAAGGAGUCAAGCAGGUGAACAGUCCAAAAUUAGACAAACUGCCAUAUUUGGGGAAUACUGCGGAUGAAAUGAUUAUUGAAAGAGUCAAGGAAAAUCUUGAUUCUUUGCCUCUUUCUGCUGUUACAAUGACAAUACAAAUGUAGAUGUUCAUGUGUAGUGUUCUGUUGUUGUAUAUAUGUUUAUUGAAACGAUCGCCCUCCAGAAUGUAGCUUGAGGUGGUCGCUGUACACAUUAAGAUGGUUGCUCUUUAGCAAUUUUUCUAAUAGAUAUUUGGUAGUUGAAUUAAAUGCCAAGGAAAGUCUUGUCAUAUAAGAACCAUUGUACUAAAGAAGAAUAGCAUGAAUUUCUCUACUAGGUAAAACGCUGAAUUUUGGAAGUUAUGUAGCACUUGGUGUGCCGAAAAAACUGUCUUACUAAUUCUUACCAACAUAAUUGUUUAUUUCUUAUAAAGAAAAGCAGUUUGUUUCUGUUUGAGAGUUUGGCCAUGAAGGGACCACUGUAAGCUACACUUCUUCACGCUCAUUUUCAGGGUGUAAUUAUUGUGUGUCUCAAUACAGCCCGCCGUGACGCAACAAAACAAUAAGAUAAAUAUACCGUGUACCUGAACAUGACCUUAACUUCUGUAUACACUUUGUGUGUAGAGGUUCUUUGAGAGUUUGCAUGUCCAUGUUUGAUUCACCAAAUAUUUAUUGAAAUGAAGCAAUAACAUUUUCUCUCAUGGAGUGCUAGUGUGAAUACUGUGUGAAUGAGUGAGCUAUUGAAGUUCAUUCAAAGUUCAAAGUAAUCAAACAUUUAGUGUGAUUAAGAGAUGUAUAUACAUGACUGCUUUACUGAACUUUUUCUACGAGCAAGUUGGUUUUACUUUGGGUUUUUUAAGUGUUGUUUAAUAUUAAUCAUGUUCUGUGUAUUCUAUUUAAUAUUCAAUUAGUUCCAUGCAGACCCUGACAUGGUGUUGUAGGCAAUGCUUCAAACUUUUAAGUUCAUAAGAACAGCGAAGAUAAGCAUGUCAUUGUUAGUUUUUACGUUGAUGAGAAAUAUGUUCUGUUUGUAACACGUAAAUUAAUAUGACUGCUGUACCAAUUUAGUGGCUGUAUGAUGAUAGAGAUACAGUAACAAGUGUGGCAAAUAAUUAAGUAUUUUUCCAGAUUCGCUUUUGAGCACAUUGACCGUUGGGUGGUCUUCUGUUGUAUAUAUCCUCUGUGUAAAACUGAACUUAGUAUUGUGGAGAAACUAUUGUCUCAAUGAGUUUGUUAGUGGGUUUCUGUCAUGGUUUGCUUCUUGUUCUCUAUCAAACAUCUAUCCUCCUUAUCUCUCUGCCUUCUUUUCUUCUACUCUCUAAGACCCGAAUACUGGUCACGGCACAAGCUCAGUUGAUAGAUUACAAGGUGUGCUAAGAUGUGGAUGACCCUGGUUCAAAUGUCACACAGGUUAUUUGUAUAAUCAGGUUGUUUGAGGGAGUUUCUGUGUCUCUCAACUCAGUAGGAUCAUUCUUAACAGGGUUGAGGGAGUGUAUCCUUAUAUUAUAGAUUACUUGGUUGUCGAUGUUUAUUACUAGUGAAAAAAACCCUCAACACCACUGUAGCCUUUUUACUAUGGAAUGUGAUGUAUAACAGAAUGCCUCUACUCCACUUCAGUGCUGCUUUUUCUUUUCUUUUUAUUUCCAGUAGACAUUUAAUGUGUUGCCUUUCCAUGAAACUUUUAGUCCGGUUUACAGUCAUGUAAAUCCAAGGUAAACAAAGAAAUCCAAAUAUCAAAGUUUCACCUGAAAUUCAAUUUCUCUUGAUUUUUGGUCACCAUCAUUUUAGGUGUAGUACAUUCAUAUUCAGAGUGAAAAGAAUGUCUUGUAACCCUAUAGAGGGUUUUUUCUGACUCAUCAAACACUGAAGAGUGAAUGAACCCAAAUCCAGGGACAGAGAGAAUAGAAGAAGAAUCUGGUUCCCAUCUUUUUUGUAUAUUUCCCAUAUUUUUUUGUAUUUCUUUCAGCUUUACUAUUAUAAAAUAGUCGAACCUGUCCAAGAUGAUGUCCACCCAUUGUCGAUGAGAAAAGUGGUCAUCCUAGACAGGUGGUCCAUUAGGACAGUGCUAAUGUAGAAAAAAAACAAAAACAAAUGGGAGAAAGUGGGACUUUGUCGUUUGUACAAAUGUUUUUCUUUGUGCGGAUAUUUUUGGGGGGCAGGUGGUUGUUUAGAGCAGGUUUGACAGUACUUAGCUUACCCUUUAGUUUGUUUGGAGUUCAACCCAAGAGAAUUUAUCAACAAAUGCUACCUACAUUGUAGUCACAACCAUUCUACCAGCAGUUGGGGCCAAAUUCAUCUCGCUGUUUUGACAUUUAAACUAUAGCUUCACAGAAACAUGUCCUCAGCCAUUACCAUAAUGUUAGGGAGAAGCAUAAACAACAAAAAAAA